CGGCCCGGCAGAUCAUACUUUGAUUAGCGCCGCUAUGCCACGAUUCGCUGGAAAAGUCGCUAUCAUUACUGGUUCUUCUUCCGGUAUUGGAGCUGGAACAGCCGUACUGUUCGCUAGAGAAGGUGCAAAAGUUACCAUCACUGGUAGGAAACGGGAUGGUCUUGAGGCUACCAAGAAGGCCAUGCUUGAGGCUGGAGCUAAGGAAGAUGAUAUAAAUGUCGUAGCUGCUGAUGUGGUCGAUGCUCAUGGCAGAGAAGAAAUAGUGUCAAGUACCAUAAAGAAGUUCGGAAAAUUGGAUAUUUUGGUCAACAAUGCUGGUGGUUUGUUAACUGAUCAGAAAGGAUCAGCAGGAAUAGCAGCUGAUCUCGAUACUUUGCAAAAAACGUUCGAUUUGAACGUCUACAGUGUAACUAAUCUGAUCCAACUUGCUCGUCCUCACCUUGUCAGAGCAAAAGGAGAAGUUGUCAAUGUAUCCAGUAUUGCUGGGCAGCCAAGAGGCUCCAAAUUCGUAUAUUAUUCGAUGGCAAAGGCCGCACUGGAUCAGCUCACGCGUGGAGUCGCGCUCGACCUGAUUGCUGAAGGAGUUCGAGUAAACAGUGUGAGCCCUGGCCUUGUGGUUACUAAAUUCUGUCAGACCGCAGGAAUGUCUGAUGAAAUGGCAGCAAAGCUGUACGAAGCGUACGAAAGUUCUGCAGAUGCUCUUCCGAUUCGCGAAGCAGGAAAGCCUGAGGAGAUUGCCGAAUUGAUAGCAUUUUUGGCGGAUCGCAAAACUUCGCGUUACAUCGUUGGCCAAACUAUCGUCAUCGACGGCGGCACCACGCUUGUCACAGCCUCCAGUUCAGUUUUUUCCGGUGAGAAAUGAGUGGAGCAUCUGAGAAGAAUGACUCGAACACUUCCCGGGCACAGAUCUAUCAUUUCACUGUGCACUCAUUCAACA